UCGAGGUGAGAGCGCAGAUGUCAUGAAAGCGACCGCAAGACCAGAGCGCAAUCACCGACACGCCGACCGACCUCAGUCCGCCUCCCUGCGCCUCCGUCUGGGAUGCUUUUAGCGCACAAACCGCCUCCAAUCAGGGCAGCGCUCAUCGACGCAGCUCGUCGACAUUCUUUUAGUUGUUAGUUGUUUUUAUUAUUUAACUGAGGCUGCCGAGACGCCCCUUUUUCGUUUUAGUGUUUAUGUUUAUUUCUUCAUGACUGCUGCUUUGGGAAGUGAGGCGCAACAGCAACACCAUGCGAGCUCAAAUCGAAGUAAUACCGUGCAAAAUCUGCGGAGACAAAUCAUCAGGCAUCCACUACGGAGUCAUCACAUGUGAGGGUUGUAAGGGAUUCUUCCGAAGGAGUCAGCAGAACAACGCAUCCUACUCCUGCCCCCGCCAGAGGAACUGCCUCAUCGACAGAACAAACCGCAACCGAUGCCAACACUGCCGCCUUCAAAAGUGUCUAGCCCUAGGAAUGUCCAGAGAUGCGGUGAAGUUUGGACGCAUGUCAAAGAAACAACGUGACAGUCUGUAUGCAGAGGUCCAAAAGCAUCAGGCCCGACUACAGGAGCAGCGGCAACAGCAGACGGGGGAAGCGGAAGCUUUGGCACGGGUUUACUCAUCUAGCCUAACCAAUGGACUGUCAACCCUCAACCAUGAGAUUGGGGGCACUUAUGCCAAUGGUCACGUCAUUGACCUGCCCAAGGGUGGCCACGCUAAUGGCGCUGGACUUCCAGGGGGCUACUACGGGAUGGAUUCCACCCAGCCGUCUCCAGACCAGUCAGGUUUGGACAUGUCGGGCAUGAAGCACAUAAAACAGGAGCCAGUCUACGACUUGACGCCAGUGCCCAACCUGUUCAGCUAUGCUGGCUACCAGGACAGUCAACUGGGACACAACAACGUCAGCAUGGGAGAACUAGACCGCAUUGCUCAGAAUAUCAUCAAGUCUCAUCUGGAGACGUGUCAGUACACCUCAGAGGAGUUGCAACAGUUGGCCUGGCAAACACACUCCUAUGAGGAAGUCAAAAUGUACCAGAGCAAGCCUCGGGACGUGUUGUGGCAGCAGUGUGCCAUUCAGAUCACACAUGCGAUCCAGUACGUGGUAGAGUUUGCCAAGCGCAUCUCAGGGUUUAUGGAGCUGUGUCAAAAUGACCAGAUCCUCCUGCUGAAAUCAGGUUGUUUAGAGGUCGUCCUGGUGAGGAUGUGCAGGGCAUUCAACCCUCUCAACAACACCGUGCUUUUUGAGGGGAAAUAUGGAGGCAUGCAGAUGUUCAAAGCUCUGGGUUGUGAUGACUUAGUGAGCGCAGUGUUUGACUUUGCCAAGAGUUUGUGCUCACUGCAGCUGACGGAGGAGGAGAUCGCUCUCUUCUCGGCAGCUGUCCUCAUUUCCACAGAUCGGCCAUGGUUGAUGGAGCCCCGCAAAGUUCAGAAACUCCAGGAGAAGAUCUACUUUUCUCUGCAGCACAUUAUGCAGAAGAACCACAUGGACGAAGAUGCAUUGGCUAAGCUGAUCAGUCGUAUCCCAACACUGUCUGCUCUGUGUACGCUCCACACGGAGGAGCUUCAAGCUUUCCAGCAGCUUCAUCCAGAAACAGUCAACGUUCUCUUCCCGCCACUCUAUAAAGAACUGUUCAAUCCAGACCCGAACUCUGCCAUGUCCAUGCCCAAGUGACUGACUGCCUAUUGCGCCAUUGCAACAAACAAUUUCAGUGGAGGAACAAAAGAAUACAAGGACAGCUAUGUCUGACAAGACGACAUUGGUAAUAUCUACCAAGUUCACAGCUCCUCUAGUUUCAUUUGAGACUGGGGAGGUGAGUGGUCAUUCGACAGAAACUUACACUUAGCGCCAACAAUACGUACUAGGAAUGUCCAGCACUUGUCCUAUCCUGUUCACCGAUACAGUCUGAAGAAUGUAUAUAGAAAUGAAACAUGCCCCAAGCCACAACCUGAGCAGGGGUUACUUCUUGUCUUCUGACCAGAAAUGUACAGACUUAAAAAAAAAAAAAAUUCUAAGAACAAUUUAUACUGUUCGUCUUAAAAUAUCGGUACAUCAAAUUUAUUUUACAUUUGAAAAAGAAAAACCUUUUUGUUUAGAUUUUUUUCUCCGAAAUGAAGAAAUAGUUUUAAAAGGC